AUGUCGACGGUCGGCCCCGAGUCGUUUCCCAAGAUGGAGCACAUCCACGGUGUAGACGUCAGUUGGAUGACACACGGGAAUCCCAAAGACAAGAUCGGCAGGAGAGCUUCUCUCUCCAAAUCAUUAUCGCAACAGGCACUCGACAUUCCCUACGCUGCUUCGAACGGCACUUCGACUUCGGAAUUUGCCCCAGCGUCGGCACCAACAACAACCAAUGGCUUCAGGACAGACAUGUUCAGUGCGCCAUCGAGCCCACAAAACAUAGCAUCCCCCACCACAACAACUACCACAAUUGCGAAACCGAUCCCAAUAGGAGCACCAUCGCCCGCGCGACCGGGAUUCACGAGAACUGGUUCAGACGAAGUAAAGACCCCACCAAUCGGCGUUUCCCCUCAGAGAAGGAACUCGUGGUUCUCCAACAUCGCCUCCAAGCUCUCGUCCGCAAACGGUGCCGCCCAAAGCCCGCCUCAGACUAAUCCCACAUCUCCCAAGAACGCCGAGUUUUCCGUGCCCAAGGUCAAUCCUGCUAAGAACGCUGUCCUUCAGCACGCCACAAAACACGAAGGCGACGGCCCCUACAUCCCAGCCCCGCCUGGUCGCGCCCAGGGCGGCGUCUUCCACAUUUUCCGAAGGCUAUCGUCGUCGAACGGGACACUGGGACCCCACGGAACGAAGGGGCACAAUCACGGUCUGGUAGAGCGAAAGGUUUUGAAUGUCGACCAGCACAGGGAACGAUGUGACAUCAACGGUCUAAAUCAGGCUAAACUUCGCAGAGUUGCCUUCUGCGUCGACGUCGAAAUUGCGCCCAUGCCGCGGUACGGAGAUGAUGCGAAAAAGACAAAUGCAAAGCCCCAAGUGCAAGGAAGCAGAGGCAGCAGCAGCCGCCAAGGCCGCCGCAGAAUCAAGGAAAAGGAAAAGAAGAAGAAGAGCGAAGAAGAGAGGAAGGCUAGGAAAGAGAAGAAGCGAAAACUGGCCGAGGCGAAUGGUAUCAUUCCCAUGGAAAUCCACGUCGAUAGCGAUUCCUCUGAUGACGGUGGUAGUAGUACCGCGCCCGCGCAGCCGCAGCAGCUACAACAGCAGCCCGAGGCCUCCGCUCGCCGGACGCAAUCGAUGCCGACUACGAAUCCAGUCAGGAUAUACCGCCGUUGUUGUCAGCUACGCGAGACGCCAAUCCUCAAGAGGAUCACCGAGCAACUCAUGGACCCCGCAAAUAUGGCACCCGAGAAGGGAGUGGUCGAGAAGCUGGACCUUACCGGAUAUUGGCUGCAGCUACCCGACUUGGUAACACUCGGCGACUAUCUGGCUGUGGUCCCGAUCAAAGAGAUCAUUAUGGACAAUUGCGGUUUGAACGAUGAGGGCCUCCGGCCGCAGCCCAACAGCCCAGCCACUCAAAAAGCGAACGACGCGAAGAAGACCAUGGAUCUUUGUCAACUGUUUUCAAAAUCGCUUGCGGAACGCCUUGGGGGCUCAACGCUUACUCUUCUGAGCUUGGGUGAAACUGGUAUUACCACGGAGCAGCUUGGCUUGAUCAUGGACGGCGUCCUCAAGUGCGGCAUCAAGAAGAUUGUCCUUGCCAACAACGACCUCACAGAUCAGGGUCUCGCUCACGUCAAGAGGUUCUUGGCUACACCGACUUGCGAAGGCCUUGAUUUGGGCGGCAAUGACCUGCGGGAGCAUAUUGACAAGCUUACGGAAGCUUUGGAUCAGGAAAACUGUCCAUUGUGGGCACUCAGCUUGGCUGAUUGCAACUUGACACCAGCAGCUCUGUCCAAGUUGCUGCCGACAUUGGUCAAGCUGCCUCAGCUACGGUAUAUCGAUCUGUCUCACAACCAAGAGCUCUUCAACACCGAGCCUAGUGCGGUUGCGGUAUUGCGCAAGUACCUGCCCGCGAUGCCGUCUUUGAAGAGGAUACAUCUCGUUGAUUGCGCUCUCACCCCUGAGCAAGUCAUUGCCCUUGCCGAGAUUCUGCCAGAAAUCCCUGGCCUUGCCCAUGUCAGCUUCUUGGAGAACCCACAAAUCGUGGAACUGACUGAUGCAAACACGGAUGAAGCAAAGGAGUCCGCCUGUGCGCUGUUUGCGUCGUUGCUCUCUGCCGCGAGGGUCUCAGGAAGCCUGGUUGCCGUGGAUAUCGAGGUUCCCAACGAGCAGUCGAGCGAUCUCGUCAAGGCCAUGGCUAAGCAGGUUGUUGCUUACUGCCUUCGCAACAUGGGUGAGCAAAUGUCGAGUGUUUCGAACUUCACCUCUAUGACCGGGGGCCUACCAGACUUCCCAGCUGAGCCUGAAUACCCUGAUGUGCUUCAGCGCCUGGUUGGUGCUGAUGUCACUCAGCCCUACGAUCCAGAGGAGAACUUGGACAUUGCGCCGGAUGAGGACUACGUGAUCGGUGGCACUGGUGUCGUCAAGGCCUUGACUUGCUGCUUGAACAACUGCGACGAAGAGUUUAGAAGACAAUCGGGCGAGUUUGUCCGCGACGGCGAGACCGGCCAUGUGCACACCAAGCCUUAUGCUCCAGUCGGUAAGGCCAAGGAGACAUCCAAACACCUGCUGCUGAGCGCAAGAAAGAUCCGCACCAGGUUACAACCCGCCAUCCAAAAGGCUAGGGACUCGCACGAAGACACCCAUGCCUACCAUCGUCUCAUCUUUCUCGACAACACCCUCAAGGGUAUCAUCAAGCGCUUCGAGGACGAGUUCCCUGAUACCAAGGAAGUCCCCGCCUCCACCACCGCCGCCGACUCGGCCUCCUUCAUCUCCUCCGGCUCCUCCUUCACCACCUACCCCUACGACGACGCGGAGAAAAUUCUGGGAACCUCCAUCUCCUCCAUCGACCUUGCCCCCUUCGCCUCCAUCUGGGGCGACGACGCCGAAGAUCCGGAAGCCGCACAAGCCGCCGCCUUUGGCAUCAAACCCCGCGGCCUAGUUCGCUCUAACUCCUCCCUUUCUCUUUCCUCUCGCGCUCUCGCCGACGAAGAAGCCCGCGUCCUCCGUGCCGGUCACAAGUUCCGCUCCGGCAUCGUCAAGCCCGAGCAUUACAUGCUCCUCAACUGCGGCGUGGAAAUGAUUGGCGCAGACCCGAACCACGCCCGCCUGCUGCAUGAGCUCUUCGACGAACUCGACGACGACGAGUACACCAAGAUGGUCGAGGAGCGCGGCGCCGUGGCAGUCUUCAUCGAGAACAAGGAGGACGUGGUGCGCAAGCUAAGGGAUGCGGACCCGGUGCAUUGGGAUCGGUUCGUGGAGAGCCAGGAGAUGGCGAGGAAGAAUGUCGAGGCUCCUGUUCAGGGGAAUGCCGAGUUGUCAGAUAAGUGCGAGGCGAAUAUGAAGAGUUUGAAUGCCGCGGGAACGGGGGCGCAGGGGACGUCGGAGUUGACGAUGAGGUUGAAGGGCGCGGAGAAGGAGAAGGAGAAGGUUGCUGAGGAACAGAAGAAGUAA